AUGUUGGGGUCCGCUCGCACCGUCGUCUGUAGGGCAAGACCGACGGCGGCGCCUGCCAGCGCCCGCACCGCCCUCUCUUCUGCCACGUGUACUCGCCGAUGCUUUCGCUACCUUUGCCGCUCAGUAGAGAAGAGGACGACGACGACGGUGGUGAAGAUGGGAGAGAAGAAGAGGGCGGUGGCGACGGCGGCGGCGGCGGCACGGCGACGCUGGCCCGAUCAAGCUCCCGAGCACGAGCACGAGCACGAGCACCAAUACGCGCACCAGAUCGAUGGGGAGAUUCCCCGGCUCCUUCGCCUUCACGACGCCGAGAGGUCGGACACGGCAAUCUCGUGGACGAGGGGCGCGCUUUACAUACAGGAUGGGGAUCGUGUUUCUGCGCAUGGCGAUGGCGUUGGUGAUGGACGAGCAAGGCCCCGCCGUCGUCUCUUGACACCAACGACGCUGCGGGAUAGCUGCACCUGUGUGGCCUGUCGAGACCCAGCUUCGGGGAACAAAUCGUUUGGUUCCGUCGAGAUCCCUCUCGACAUUGGCCUCGAGGACGUGCGGUCAACGGAGCGAGGACUCGCCAUCCGCUUUCGCAACGACAUUCCGCGUUACCGCCAGACGCUUCGAGGGGGUCGGGCGGGAGCCGAAGGAGGCCACGAGAUGCUGCUCCCCUGGUCCGAAGUGGACGCCACCCUCGGUCGUCGCCGUCGGCAUGCGGAAUGCGACGACGGCGGCUCGCUUCCUCGGAAGCGUAGCAUCCUCCGUCGCACCGGCGUUCGGUACUGGGACGGUGCGACGCUCGAGAGACACAUCCGCCGCAUCGACUACGACGAGUACAUGCGGCAGGACAGCCCGGCCUUUUGGGAUGCCGUCAUCGACAUAUGUCGCCUCGGCAUCGUCUACCUCGUCAACGUGCCACGAUCGGAGGAGUCCGUCGUCGCCAUCACGACCCGACUCGCCAACAUCCGCGAAACCUUUUACGGUCGCACCUUUGACGUCCGCGCCAAGGUCGCAGCGGAGAACGUCGCGUACACGACGGUCCACCUCGGCCUCCACCAGGAUCUCCUCUACCUCGACCCGCCGCCGAUGAUCCAGGUCCUGCACUGCAUGGACAACGACUGCGACGGCGGCGAGAGCCUCUUCAGCGACGGCGAGCGUGUCGGUCGCCUCCUCUGGCCCUUUGCGCGGCACCCAAGCUCCCCGAUGGCGCCUCUCGCCCAUCACAAUGUCCCCUACGGCUACGACAAGAACGGUCACCGGUACAUGGCAUCGCGACCCGUCAUCGCUCUCGAGCACGGAAACGACGGCGAGGGCGAGGGCGAUGCCUUCGCCGCCGUUCACUGGAGCCCGCCCUUUCAAGCGCCCCAUCGAGGCCUCCAGCCGGACCUGGGCCCAUGGAUCGGCGCGGCUCGCGUCUUCGAAUCCCUCGUCAACGCCGACGACGCCCUCCACAGUCGCAAGAUGGCCCCCGGGGAGUGCGUCAUCUUCGACAACCUCCGCCUCAUGCACGGCCGCACCGCCUUCGAUACCUCCCGCGGCGGCUCCCGCUGGCUGCGCGGCGCCUACAUUGCCGCCGAAGACUUCCUCAGCACCGCCUCCCACAUCCCAAAGGGCCGCGCAGAGGCCCACCGGGGACCGGUCGAGUGGUCGCCCGAGUUGGCCCAGAAGGACCUGAUGCACUCGCCCUGGCAUCGGCACGUGCUGGAAAGGGUCAAGACGUUGCAUCCCACCGCCGUCGCAUAG